AUGCCUCGGAUAUUUUCUCUGGCGCUGGGAGCGCUUGCUCUGGUCACGACGACGGCGACGCUGUGCACCCAAAUCGCAGUCAGCGUCCGCAUCUCCCACUCUUCCCCCGGCAGAGGAUCCUCGACUGCCGCUGCAGUGUUCGAAGCUGCUCUUCUCAUCCUCAUCGGAUGGCUCAUCGCUGCCGAUACUAUCCCUUCGUUCCCGGGUCAGUCGAGAUUGUGGAGGGGGGUCGUCUCCGGUCUCGAAGUCACGGCUUGUAUAAUUGCGACUGCGACCUCGCUCGCUGCUCUGGUGUACUUGGCGAGAGCGGACGGAGGCGAGAACAAGCACCUCCUCGUUGCGUCUUCCGUCACACUCGGACUGGCCGUUUCCACCCAGCUGGUAUACUCCAUAUACCAGGUCCUACCCAUCUCGUCUGAUGCUGGUGGCGUCUCUUGGCCGGGCCGCAAGGACGAGGAGACCGGACGGUCACGCAAGAUCAACCUCAAGGCCAUCAGGUAUAGCCAGACGAUGCCCAUUGUGGAUGAGCCCAGCCCCAUGGCAAAGCUCCACACUCGAAGCCGCCCGACUUCCGUCGACAACAAGUCAGUCGCCGAGACUGUUGCCUCGUCCGUCACGUACGUGGCCCAAUCCAUCCGGUCCGUCUCGAGCAGGCCAAAGACGACGCGCUCCUCAAGGGAAAAGGAGAGGAGCCGCUCCAUGUCCGUCGACUCGACCGCCAACCGAAGCACCGUGGCUGAUGAUGCCUUUGACUCCUGGGACACGUCCGCGGUCGACGCUCACAACCGGGAGGCCGUGCUGGAGAUUUCGACGCCGACGCAAAGCAAGCCUCGCGGGCUCGAGACGAUCCCCGCCAGCCCCGUGCCCAGCCGCAGUCCCUCGCCAGCGUCCUUUGCCGACCUCGAGCCCCCGCGGAUCCAAACCCGACGCCGGAGCCGAAGCUACAGCCCGGUAUCCAUCACGCGCGAGCUCCGCGACCUACCGACCCCAGGCAGCUCAGGCAGCGAGGCUCACAUCCACCCCCUGUUCCGAUCCGACUCCCCUGACCCGCACCCCUUUGCGACGCCUGGCACCAUCGUCAUGGCGGCUCCGGAGACGGCGCGGGUCCUCGUCCAUCGACCGAGCAGCCUGUCGCUCAACCGUCUGAGGAGCGACAGCAUGCCCAGCUCGCCCAUGGGCUUUCCCAGGAACGACUUUGAAUCCAGGUCGCUGAGGGGGAACCGGUCAGAGUUGGAUCUCAGCAGCCAGCAGGGGUUUCCCUUUCCCGACAGGGGAAUGGCCCCUCCUGCGCCUGAAUGGCUGCGGAGGGAGCUGUGA